CCGACAGCGUUUGGAGCUAGAGUCAAGUCACCUGAAUGAAGAAAUGGAAGAGUAGUUUUACAAAAGCGGGAAAGAGAGUGAGAGUUGAAGUGAAAGAGAAGGAAAGAGAGAAACAAGCUUCGGGUACCAAGUCCACGCGCUGACUGUCAACGUUUGAUUUCAACGUGUCUUUUUUUUUUUUCCUCCGCCGUUGUGACGGGUUUCCCGGGCUUAACACGCACUUUUUUUAAAAAAGUUUUUCUUUUGAGAAAAAGACAGGUUGGUGUGUAGACAGCUUGUGUCAGUUUGGUGUCCCGGUUCGGAGGGAGGCUGUACCGGGACAGACCCACACAUAGGCUACCCUGUCACAGCGACACAGACACAAGCCCCGAGGACGGAGCCUGUCACCAUGCCUGUGCGACAGAAAGAUGCUAAGCGGGCCCUGGAGCUUCUCCAGCAGUAUCGGGCCAAGCUUGACCAGAGACAGCAGAACCAGAGCCAGACCAAACAGGGCCAUGUGGAGGAAGAUUCUCAGCUGCAGCAGUCUCUGGACAGAGUCAUCAAUGUCUUCCAAAGUCAGCUCUUUAGUGCUCUGCUGGACAUUCAGGAAUGCUAUGAGUUGACUGUCCUUGCAGACAGCAAGUGUUCUGUGGGCCAGACAGAUGGUCCAUGGAAGCUCCCUGCCUCCUGUAACCUACCAACAGAGCUAUCAGCCCAGCCACAGUCCUCCUCUGGGCCCCUCAGCCCUCAGGCUUCUGGUGGGUGGUCCCAGCCAAAACCCCUGACCCCCAAACCCAAGUCAGUCAAGUCCCAUGCUGCUCCACUCCCAUCCGGGACACCCACAACAAAGCCAUCUUCCCCUGCAACACAGUCCAUUACACCACAGUCACAGCCAACCAAGGUGAAGUACCGCGCUCCCCCCCCUCCUGUCCAUCCUGGAGCCUCCAAAUCAUUGGCAUCAGAGACUCAUAUGCCCUCCUCUCCCUCUGCUGCCACAUCCCCCGGAUUCACUGUGAAUAGUGUAGAAACCCCCUCUGUUUCCAUAAAAACAUCUCCUGGAGUAUCCCUGAAUGGAACAAAGCCACGUCUUACCUCUACCAACUCUGUUUCUUCAGAAAUCUCCAUCACCUCCACCAAUCCAGAAAACGAUUCUCUCUCUCCAAACCUCAACCUGGUGACUGUCUCAGCCCUCGUCUCCAACAGCAUCCAAUGCUUUGUGGUUCCAACCACUCCAGACAAAUCUACCACCACCACUCCUAUCACCAGCCCAGGUCUAAACAGAGUCACAGACCCUGUUGUAGUCUCUACAGCUCUUGCAACCAGCAAAGACCCAGGCAAACGCACUCCCAGUACAAGUCCAACUAUCCCCAACCAGGGAAUAUUCACCUUCAGCAGCCGCAGCCCCACUGGUCCUCCGGGGCCCUUGACUAAACAUUUGAGUCCAACCAGCCCCGGGCCAGCAAAAGUCACUUUGACUAGUCCUAGCCAUGGUCCAGCCAGCCCCAGGCCAGCUACAAGCCCGCUGACCCCCAACAAGAAGUAUCGCUAUCAAGAAGAGGAAGGGGCGUCACCAGGUGCUCCAAAACUCCACCAACACACCUGCCAUCAGCAUCAGAUGGGUGUAGCCAGAGAACUGAGGGACGGAGGGACCUUGGGGAGCGAUGGAGGGACUCUGGGGAGGGACGGAGAGACCCUCAGGAGGGACGGAGGGACCCUGGGGAGGGACGGAGGGACCCUGGGGAGGGAGGGAAGGGAAGGGGGGACCUGGAGGGACAGGGGAAACUGGAGGGACGGGGGGACCUGGAGGAGAGAGGGAGGGGGUGCCGGGACCAUGGAGAGAGAAAGGGAACGAUCACUGGGCAGGGACGGAUCUUUCUGUCGCCACGGUGACCUGCGGGGUGCAGAGCUGGUUCAGGUGGCAGAGCGGGAACUGUCUCAGAUUCAACACGUUCACGGAUACGUCACUCACACACACAUCACGCCUGCUCAGGUAGAAUCACCUGAGGUUCACUUUGAUGACGAGGCGUGGCCUCAUCCAGAGGGAGAGAGGGUGAACGACGUCCCAGCCCCGCCUUUCUCCUCUCUCUAUUCACACAGCCACGCCUACUACCAGGCCAACCCUCCUCCAGUGGUUGUCAACACAGACAGCGUCGACACCCCGCCAUAUGUCAAUGGAACAGAAGCAGACUAUGAGUAUGAGGAAAUCACACUGGAACGGGGUAACUCAGGUCUGGGGUUCAGUAUUGCAGGGGGGACCGAUAACCCUCACAUCGGAGAAGACCCCUCCAUCUUCAUCACCAAGAUUAUACCUGGAGGGGCCGCCGCCCAAAAUGGACGACUCAGGGUGAAUGACUGUAUAGUCCGGGUGAAUGAGACAGACGUCAGGGACGUGACACACAGCGGGGCUGUGGAGGCGCUGAAGGAGGCGGGAGGUCUGGUCCGAUUGUGUAUACGACGCAGGAGGAGCCUCACUGAGAGAAUCCUGGAUAUCAAGCUGGUCAAAGGACCAAAAGGUUUAGGAUUCAGUAUAGCAGGUGGAGUUGGAAACCAACAUGUCCCGGGCGACAACAGUAUCUACGUGACUAAGGUCAUCGAGGGAGGGGCUGCACACAAAGACGGACGGCUACAGAUAGGGGACAAACUUGUGGCUGUGAACGCCGCCUGUUUGGAGGAGGUGACUCAUGAGGACGCAGUGGCUGCCCUGAAGUCCACUUCUGACGUUGUUUACCUCCGCGUUGCCAAACACGCCUCCCUUUUUAUCAAUGACAACUUCCCUCCACCCGACGUCACUAACUCUUACUCCCCACAUCAAGACAACCAUAUAAGUCCUUACAUGAGCGGCAGCCAGUCUGUAAGCCCCGCCCCAUUGACCACGCCCAGAUACUCCCCAUUGCCCAGGGCCAUGACCGGAGAAGACGACGUCAACAGGGAACCCAGGCGGCUGGUGCUCCAACGGGGGUCCACAGGUCUCGGUUUUAACAUUGUUGGAGGGGAGGAUGGAGAGGGAAUCUUCAUCUCCUUUAUUCUCGCUGGAGGUCCAGCUGAUCUCUGUGGGGAGCUACAAAAGGGAGACCGCAUCCUGUCGGUGAACGGUGUGGACUUGUCCAGUGCAACACAUGAGCAGGCAGCAGCAGCUCUGAAGAACGCAGGACAGACUGUUACCAUAGUAGCGCAGUACAGACCUGAGGAGUACAGUCGUUUCGAGGCGAAGAUCCAUGACCUGAGGGAACAGAUGAUGACCAGCAGUGUCAGCUCCAGCUCCACGUCGCUCCGCUCCACACAGAAACGCACGCUUUACGUCAGAGCAUUGUUCGACUACGACGGAAGUGCGCCAGAUCUGAGCACUCCCAAUCAGGCCCUGCCAUUUCAUUUCGGGGAUGUUCUCCACGUGAGCAGCGCUGGCGAAGAGGAGUGGUGGCCCGCCCGUCACCUCAGCCCCCCACCUCCAAACUGCCCUGAAGUUGGAGUCAUCCCCAGCCGCAGGAGGGCAGAGAAAAAGGAGAGGUCGAGGUUAAAGAUGGUCAGAGUGACGAGGUCUCAGGACAGAUCGGAUCAGGAUGAUAAAGAGCUGGUAACCUCUGGCACCAGCGAUAAUGAGAGUAGUUCCUCUGGCCAGGAGGAGACAUUACUCACCUACCAACCUGUCAUGCAGCAGGAAGUUAGUUACACACGGCCAGUCAUCGUGCUUGGACCAAUGAAAGAUCGGAUCAACGAUGACCUCAUCUCCGAGUUCCCUGACAAGUUUGGCUCCUGCGUCCCACACACAACGCGGCCGCGGCGAGACUACGAGGUGGACGGAAGAGAUUACCACUUCAUGUCCUCCAGAGAGCUCAUGGAGCAAGAGAUCCAGGAACACAAGUUCAUAGAGGCUGGACAAUAUAACAACCAUCUGUAUGGAACCAGCAUACAGUCGGUCAAAGAAGUCGCUGACAAGGGAAAACACUGCAUUCUCGAUGUAUCAGGGAAUGCGAUAAAGCGUCUCCAGUUGGCAGGCCUCCAUCCCAUCGCUGUCUUCAUUAGACCACGCAAUGUCGACAACAUCCUAGAGAUGAACAAGCGUUUCACUGAGGAGCAGGCGAGGAAGACCUUCGACAGAGCUGUCAAACUGGAGCAGGAGUUCACAGAGUUCUUCACUGCUAUCGUCCAGGGCUCGUCACUAGAGGAUGUGUAUUCACAGGUGAAGCAGAUCAUUGAGGAGCAGUCUGGUCCUUACAUCUGGGUGCCCACUAAGGACCGACUCUGAAUAUACACACACAUACACUAUACACACAUACUGACAUGAUCACACACAUCACUUUAGCUAACACUACCUACAUCUCUUAUUUUAUAUUAUCGGCCUGCUUCCUCUCUCUCUCUCUCUCUCUCUCUCUCUCUCUCUCUCUCUCUCUCUCUUUCUCUCUCUCUCUCUCUCUCGUACACACACAGAACUACACACAAACCCACACAUUUGCACAAGCACAUAAAGAUGGACGAGGCUGGGACUAUCUGGGACGACCACUUCCUGAAGUGGGAGGGGCUAAUGUCUGUCCAGCAGCCUAUUGGUAGAUCUUCCUACAGCUCAGUUCCUUAAUGUUUAAGGAGGGGGUUCAAAUCAAGGCAACAUGUACCAUUAUCUAAUUUGAUUUCAUUAUUGUUCUUCUUAUUGUUGUUGUCGUUGUUGUUGUUUUCAUAUUAACGAAGCGUAAUGCAUUCAUGUAUGGGUUUGUAAUGAUAAUAUUGUCACCAAGAGGCAGAUAUUUGCACGCUGUAGCUUUAAGAGCAUGUUUUUGGGACAAAAUCUUGAUCUCCUUUCCAGUAUGUCUGUCUUUCCUCAUGGCAUUGCUCCUGUUUAGUCUUUUUUCUAUCUUUCUCUCAAAUACCAUCCUUUCCUCCUCCUUUCCCCUUUAGACUACAGACUUUAGAUAUGGGGUGAAAACUUGCCCCAGCAUUUUGGUACCAAGAGCCAAAAAUGAACCUAUAGUAAAAUUACUAGACAUAACAAACAAUCAUAAUGAGCAGUUUAGGAUUUCUCUGAUUGAGACUCUUAAUAUUUAUUGUAAAUUUGAUUUUGAACUUUAAAAUAGAUACGUAUGGCACGAAAGCCCUAAAAGGCAAAAAGCAAUUUUUUUUCAAGAACAAAUUAAGUGAAAAGGCCUCACAGGUCAUUGGGAGCCCUGGGCCUGUAUUUAUCACGUUUCUGACCAUUUUAAGAACCUUAAUAGCCCAGAAAAAAAGAUUAUUUGCUAAAGUAAUGAUUAGAAGUUAUUUAUCAAGCGUCCCACGUCCACAUGAUCAAUUAUGUGUAUGCUCAGAGUAGGAGCAGCAAAUUUGAUUUUAUAUUGUUAAAAAGUAAAUUUUAUUUGUGUGAAAUCAAUAUUAUCACCAGUAGCAAUUAGCAUAUGAAAUUUAAAACAAUCGUAUAUAUUUAUAAUAAAUUAAUAAAUAUACAAAUAUGGAGGAAAUAAUGGGCUAAAAUAGAAACUGGAGCAGGAAAGAAGCUCUGCUGUUGGUAGAGAAAACCGAUAUUUAGGUGCAGGUAAGGAAGAUGCAUGGAAAGUUAUUGCAAAUAAAAUGGUUUUAUUCAACUUUUUACAGUUUUAUUCUUGUUGUUUUCACCCUUCUAAACACAAGAAGCACAGAGAAGAAAGCAUAGUGUAGUAAUCCUAUUCAAUGUUCAAAUUUAAAACGCAAACAAAAUAGUGUAAAACAUUUUUUAUAAGAAUCAAACAUAUUCCUUAUAGCUAAAGCAGUGCCCAUCAUGACCAAUAAUAUAUUGUACAAUUCUUCCAAAACCCAUUUAAGAGGGUAAAAGUAAGACAUUUUAAGUCCAAUUUUUUAUUUCAAGCAGUUUGAUAAAUACCGGCCCAGACAGUUUAAAAAAAACAAAAAAAACUUAUAUUACCCAAAUCUCUGCCAACCCUUCCCUUCCUCUUCCUCCUCUCCAUCUCAUGCUUUCAUCUCUCUCCUUCUCCACAGUCACAGUGUGACAGUAGUCGAGCACUUCAGCAUUAAACAGUGUAUCUUCUUCUUCAUCAA